UUGAACCCCCCCUUCAACCCUCUAUGCCCACAGCCCCCUAGUGCAGGGCUUGGCCACUGUAUUUGGCCUCCUCACUCGAGGCUGCUCGCUUUGGCUGGCUACAGCAUGAAGACCGGGGUAGCCGCCCUGGUUGGGGGCUUGCUGGGGGGCUUGGGUGUACUCUGCUUCUUGGUGUCGUUCGGCACGGAUUACUGGCUGUUAGCGAGCGACAACUGCGGGGGGCUCGGACAGCUGGAGACGACACUUCACACUGUCAGUGCUAAGGAGCAGCCCAACAGCACCGAGGGAGCAGAGGUGACGGACCCCAGCCUAUCCUCGCUCACUCUCCAUCAUGAGGGCUUCUUCUGGCGCUGUCUGUUCCAGAGCGACCCCUCAUUGCACGUAGUGUGGGCUGUUUUGUUCACAAACCAGCCAAGAUCUAAAGCCUGUGUUCAUGGAUACCUCUUCCCUCUACCUGUUGCGGUCGGACCGGUCCCUCAUCCGAUUUACGAUGCCACUGCAGUGUUCCGUGGCUUCUGGACCAUGCUUAUAAUCCUGGCCAUUGCUGCUAGUGUGACCGGUGGAUUCCUGCUGGUGUGUGCAGUGCCUUUUGUCAGCCACAAACUCUACAAGGCGGGUGGUGCCUUUUUCAUCACAGCAGCAUGUCUUUUCCUGGUGCUGGUGGGCCUGUUCGUACUGUGGAAGGAGCUAGUGGACGUGAGGCGAUACAUCCUACAGGAGCGAGGGGAGGGCUGCCCUGAUGCCUAUCUGGAGGCACACUAUGGCUGGUCCUUCAUGGUGGCGGUGGCUGGUAUCCCCCUGGUCCUCCUCUCUGGCCUUCUUUUCUUUUGCAUAGGGAAGCACCUUCAGAAACACACGUAAGACAGCAGAGUGGCAAAGAGAGGCUGCGUGGAGAACUGACAGUGUGCACAGCUGGGAUGAACGCUGAUCAAAACAAUAUGCAUGCAAAAGAACUGCGUCUCAUAAUGUUUCAGUGUGAUUAAAAUGUAUUAGGAAAUAAUUCAAUGCAUCGAUCGCAAAUUUCAAAUUAUGAUUAGAUUAAUUUUAAAAAUACAGUGAAUACACAAACUUGACGGAGGAUCUAUUUAUACGGUGCUGGAAAAGGAACUACAAAAACAAUACACUAAGCUUUUUAGGGGUUUACAUUUAUUGGCCAAAAAAAAGAGUGCAUGCUUGAUUGUGUACUAUAACAGCCCAAAACUGAUGCAGUUCAGAUCAGUACAUCUUGAUCGCUCCUAGCAUGCUAUAAAAUGGGCAGAGUUUUGAACAGCAGUACUGAGAUUCCAAGUGUUGCGUCUUGAUACGUGAGCCCCCUUGACAUGAAAACAUUACAGUCUCCAUUAGCAUUUCUUUUAAGAUUAUUUUAUAAAUGCUCACAUACACUUUUACAAAAACACAAGCUGAGUUAAAGUGCUAUAAAACAGUUAGGAAUGAUUAAUAGCACUGAGCACCAAGUUGCAUGGUUUGUUGGCAACAUCUAUGAAUAUCUUUAUAUAAACUAUGCAGAUCUUUAAUUUAAGUGUGGCUAUAAUGCUUAAAAUGAUUUCUAUUUAUUAUUAUUCUUUUUUAAAUAACAGAAAUGAAGAUUGAAGAAGCACUGUUAUAUGAUCAGCUAGCACUGAUGUGCUCACUAAUCUUAGUAUAGUAAAAAAGUAAGAACACAAUUAGAUUGAAAUUAGUUAUAUUAUGCAAUGUCUAGUGUAAUAUUUCAUUUAACAAGAAAUGUUUAAUUGUAGAACCAAGAAAAGAAAUAAAAACUAAGCAUAUAAAACCCAAAAUGAAUAAGAAAGUAAACUUCAAACUGGACAACUAUUCAAUAAGAAUAUUGUGACUGCUUGAAAAGAAAAUUGGCUAUAUCUAGAUUUACAUUCUUAACAAAUGAAUAGUACCAUCUAAGCAAACCCUGAAGCCACACAUCAUUCAUACUGAUAUCAAGUUAAAAUGUCUAGGUUUCUAUAAGGAAAUAGGUUUUGGUGGGACAUGUAGACUUGUUUACAUGUUGUUUAGCUGUAAUCGCUGAACAGAUUACCUAAAUACUUGUACUGUUGCCUGGAAUGUCAGCCAUAAUUUGAUGAAUACUGUGUAAUAUAUUUGUCUGACACUAAACAAUUUGCAUGUUUUUUUUUUUGUUUGUUUCUUCCAUUUCCAAAAUAUAAACGGUGUCUAUUUAUCUUUUUGGCAGCACUGCUUAGUUAUAAAGAAACUCUGCGAUUCAGUGGUAAAGAUAGUGUACGAUUAUCUACUGCUUUCUCGACAGACCAUAUGUAUAGCACUAGCCCGUGGGGCACCAUUUCCACUGCAGCCCACUACAGUCAGUGUAUAUAUUCUUGUGGUGUGUUAUACAUUCAUUAUGCAACACAUGCUGCCCACAAACAGAGGUCUACAAUGGCUAAGGGUCUGGGUGUGGGGAAGGAGGGAGAAAGAAGGAGAGAGAGAGAGAGAGAGCGCAAGACAGGCGAGCAGGCUGUUCCCCAUUCAUGGCUGAUUGAAAUGAGAUCAAAAGCGGGCAGCACUUUGAUAAAUGCACAGCUGUCUGCUCCAUGGCACUGCUUGUGUACAGUAGAGGGGCCACCUGCCUCUGCCCUCCCCCCGGGGAGUGCUGGUCACCUGACCCAAGCCAGGCUUGAGGGUUGAAGGCUGAGAGCGCUCAUGACAGUCAUCUAAAUAAUUUGCAUAUCAGAGUCAGCCCUGGACCCUUAACACUGCACACACCAGUGAAUCCCCUUAACAUGGCAAGCUAGCAUGAAAGCACAAGCACAAAAAUAAAAUUGGGUUCUUGAAAACA